UCCCCGCGGCGGGGCGGGAUCGGAAGCGGCGGGGGGAAGCGGGGGGAAGCGGAAGAGGCGCGGGGCCCGGCGUGGUGCGGCGAUGCUGUCGCUGGACUUUCUGGACGAUGUGCGGCGCAUGAACCGGCGGCAGCUCUACUACCAGGUGCUGAACUUCGGCAUGAUCGUCUCGUCCGCGCUCAUGAUCUGGAAGGGGCUGAUGGUGGUGACGGGCAGCGAGAGCCCCAUCGUGGUGGUGCUCAGUGGAAGCAUGGAGCCUGCGUUUCACAGAGGAGAUCUCCUGUUUCUAACAAACCGAAUUGAAGAUCCAAUCAGAGUGGGAGAAAUCGUGGUCUUUAGGAUAGAAGGAAGGGAAAUUCCUAUAGUCCAUCGUGUCCUGAAAAUUCAUGAGAAGCAAAACGGUGACAUCAAAUUUUUGACAAAGGGAGACAAUAAUGCUGUUGAUGACAGAGGGCUGUACAAACGAGGGCAACAUUGGCUGGAGAAAAAGGACGUAGUAGGAAGAGCAAGAGGAUUUGUGCCCUAUAUUGGAAUAGUGACCAUCUUAAUGAAUGAUUAUCCAAAAUUUAAGUAUGCAGUCCUCUUUCUACUGGGUUUAUUUGUGCUGGUCCAUCGAGAGUAGCCUGUUGCAGUGAAGUACGCAGCGAAGAUGCCAUGGAUUUUGUAGAGGAACAUUUUAAGUAGGCGAUGGUCCAGUGUGCUGGGAGGAAGAAGAAAACAUACAUUUCAAAGCUUCUUGCAAGUUUGGGUUUGUUUUGUUUUAUACUGCGUAAGGGCAAAUGUUUGUCACAGUAUUUCCAAUCGUUUGUCACAUUUUAGCAUUUUUAGUGAGUUUUUAUAUUAAAAGUUUAAGCCAAA